AUGUCACAUCGAAUGUCGCCAAAGACGCGGGUCGUGUUCAAGUUUAUCUUCGGCCUCGGCAUCUGGUCCUUCCUGGUGCUGGGCUUCUUCAAGCUGAACGGCGACCCGGUGAUGCAGCACCAGUUCCAGCAGACGCCCAUCAACGGCCGGUUGCUGCUGAAUAAGGACAACCGAUGGACCGGAAAUGAGGCCACGUCCACCACCACCGAUCGCUACCUGUCACCGGCGGCCAUGGCGGGCGCAAUGGCGGGCGUCGACGAGGUGCUCGUCGACAAUCGUGCCGUAAUUGACGACGAGCAGCUGGUGCGGGACGUCGAGUCGCGGUUACCGUCGCUUCCGAUCGCGUACUGGAGCAAGCACAAGAACGCGGUGCAGAAGAAGGCAACGUGUGCCCGGUACCCGUCGAUCUUCGAGCUCGAGUUCAACAACAUCUACUGGCAGACGCUGCGAAGUACGAACGGGACGUUCCAGCUGUUCGGGGCGUACUACGACAUCCGGAAGCGAUCGCGAAUCGGUCCGGCCGUACGCAUCCUGGGCAUGAUUGAUCGGAUCGAGCCGCGGGUGCGUACGUUCUGCCAGCUGUGGUUCGAUGGCCAGAAGGAACCGUUCAUCGUGAAGACGUUCGAGUACAAGUACAUCUGGUUCAACAAGUGGGGCAACUACAAGCAGGGCAUCUACCAGCCGUAUCUGAUCGCCUGCCAGAUUCCGAAGCCGUUCCGGGGGCUUGUGCCCGCCUCGGUGUCGCUCGUUGAGAAACAGUGCGAUACGGCCACGAACAAUCUGCGCGUCCUGUACAACCGGCCGCUGGACGACGAGAAGAAGGGGUUCGCGGUGUGCGUGAAGGGACUCGACUUUCUGUACGAUGAUCUGUCGGUGCGACUGGUCGAGUGGAUCGAGCUGCUCGGCAUUCUCGGGGCGGAUAAGGUGUUCUUCUACGAGCUCCAGGUGCACCCGAACAUCUCGAAGGUACUGCGGUACUACGAGGAGCAGGGCCGGGUGCAAGUGACGCCACUGACGCUACCGGGCGGUCAACCGAACGUGGCCGGCUUUCAGCAUCUGUUUCUGUCGAAGAAGACGACGCACAAGCGGCAGAACGAGCUCAUCCCGUACAACGACUGUCUGUACAAGAACAUGUACAAGUACAACUUUAUCGCGCUGCUCGACAUCGACGAGGUGAUCAUGCCGAAGCUGGAGGAGGACCGCACCUGGCACGACCUGAUGGAGCGCGUGGUGGCGAAGGGCAUGAAGCUACGGAACGACACGUACCCGAGCUACAACGUGCGCAACGUGUACUUCUUCGAUCGCGACCAGCACGAGCACGAAUGGGCGAAGGACACGCCCCGGUACAUGCACAUGCUGCAGCACGUGACGCGGGCGAAGAACUACACCAAACCGAACCAGUACGUCAAGUGCUUCCAUAACCCGGAGCGCGUCCUCACGCUGCACAACCACUUCCCGAUCGCGUGCCUCGGCGGCACCUGCCACUCGUACCCGAUCAGCACGGACGAUGCGCACCUGCAGCACUACCGGGCGGACUGCGUGCGGACGCUGAAGAAGAGCUGCGAGGAGUUCAAGGAGAACCAGGUGCGGGACACCACGAUCUGGAAGUACCGGGACGAGCUGAUCCAGCGGACCCGCCGGACGCUCGACGUGCUCGGGUUCUUCAAGUCGUCGUCCGGCGGCCCGUCCGGCUCGCUGCUGCGCGGUGGCAAGGACUCGCUCUACAAGCGGUGA